AUGGAUUAUAGUAUCCUUCCCUCACCACUAGAUCCAACAGUGAAUUUGAAAGCUAAAGUGGGCACUACAUUAACUGAUCCUACCUAUUACAGAAAACUAGUUGGAAAGUUGAACUUUCUCACCUACACAAGGAUGGACAUAGCCUAUAGCGUACAACAUCUUAGCCAAUUCACGCAAGAUCCAAGAGAACCCCACUUGAAAUCAGCUUUUCACUUGCUCGGAUACUUGAAGGGUGAUCCCACCAUGGGGAUCUUCAUGUCACAUGAUCCAAACUGUAAUAUUAAAGCUUAUUGUGACUCUGAUUGGGCUGCCUGCCCAGACUCAAGGAAGUCAGUGAGUGGAUAUAUAAUUCUAUUAGGAAACAGUCAUGUAUGCUGGAAAUCCAAGAAACAGGAGACCAUUUCACUGUCAUCAGCAGAGGCAGAAUACAGGGCACUCAGAAAAGUAGUAGAGGAGUUGGUGUGGCUGUGCAGAUUACUUGAAGAACUUACUGUACCCUUUGCUAAACCUGUAGAAGUCUUUUGUGAUAGCAAAUCAUCUCUACACAUAGCAAGAAACCAUGUAUUUCAUGAGCGGACUAAACACAUAGAAGUGGACUGUCAUUUUGUCAGAAGCAAGCUGCAAGAAGGGCUGAAUUCACUCCACCAUGUGGCAACAGACAAUCAGCUGGCUGAUGUUCUCACCAAGGCUCUAACAAGAGUUAAGAAUUCAGCGAUAUUGGGCAAGUUGGUAGUGUUUGCACGUGUAUAUACUUUGUACUGCAGUGAGAAAAGAAGGUGA